GAAGUAACUUGGCGGGAACAUAUAUAUAUAUAUAUAUAUAUAUAUAUAUAUAUAUUUUUUUUCUACCCAUUAAUAAUUUAUUUUUUAAUAAUAAAAUAAACACCCAAAAGCCAUCCGUCGUCGGUUCAAUCAUCCGUUCUACUCUGCUAUGUUUCAAAUGUCUAUAAAUCUCUAGGGUUUUGCAGUUGAAUCAUACUCGGGGAGUGAAGAAGAUUAGCAUAUGUAUUCGUCGAGUCAGUUCGAUGGCAAUGCUGCCUUCUCCGGCGGCGGAUUCAUGCCCUCCCAGGCCACUCAGACCACCACCUCCGACACAUCUUUCUCCGCCAAAAAUCGCGAUACUCAGCCAUUGCUUCCGCUAACUGUGAAGCAGAUAAGCGAAGCUUUGAUCUCAAAUGACGAUAAGUCUGAUUUCCUCAUCGAUGGCAUCGAUGUGAAAAAUGUUACUCUCGUGGGAAUGAUGGUUAGCAAAAUUGAAAGAGUUACUGAUAUUUCUUUUAUACUUGAUGAUGGAACUGGGCGCAUCGAGUGUCAUAAAUGGGUGGAAGCGGCAGACACAAAGGACAUGGAGCGAAUAUUGGGUGGCAUGUAUGUUCGUGUUCAUGGACAGUUGAAAAGCUUUCAGGAUAAAGUGCAAGUAUCUACCUUUUCUAUAAGGCCUGUGACUGAUUUUAAUGAAAUUGCAUACCACUUCACCGAGUGUAUAUAUGUUCAUUCCUACAACACCAGGUCACGGAAAGUGCAAGGUGGUGUCUCCACUCAGUCCCAUUCUACAAAUCCAGUCAUAAAUACCCCUUUCAAGGGAUUUGAAACUGGUCCACCAAAUCAGUUCUCUGGACAACAUGCUGGUGAUGGACUCAAGGGCAUUGAUAAAAUGAUCAAAGACUAUUUGCAGCAACCUUCAUGCCUUACACGAGUAAAAGGGGUGCACCGAGAAGAACUUGCCCAACAACUAAACAUUCCAUUGGAUAAAAUCAUGGAAUCUAUUAGCUUUCUCGAGGAUGAAGGCAUGAUAUAUUCAACCGUGGAUGAUUGCCACUACAAGUCAACUGGCAAUGGUUGAGGGGGCAGCCUCAAGUCUUCCAUCAGUUUCUAAGCUCUAAUCCAGUCACAAUGUUUUUUUCUCCCCGUAACCUUUUUUGUUGCAAGCAUAUUUGUCCCUUUUUCCCAUUCUGUAUGGUUUUGGCUCCUGCUGUAGACCAGACCAGUGACUUGGACAGGACUACACAUCAAGCAUAUAGUUGUAGCUAUACGAUUUCUAGAUGGUUGUCACGUAGUUCUGCAUCAACUGCAAGGUAAACUGCAUGAGCUUUUUGCUCUUCAGGAGUUCAAAGAGUAAACUAGUCUGGGCUGACCAUGGAAUGCUUUGUACUGUGCGUGAUGCAAGCAAUAUGCAUAUUUCUGAAUUCUGGUGUUAAACAAGUGCUAGGGUUUGACCAUGGUGCCUGAGCUUUUCCUCAGUCUGAUUGCAUCCUAUGUUCCUCCUUUCAACCAAAGUUCUGCUUCAAGUACACAAGCUCGUUGGAAACUUAUGCUUGUUUCUCGUCUUAUUUAGAGGAUACCUCAAUAAUUUCAACUUGUGAUGUGAAAGCAUUAGAGAUUUCAGGUCCAAGUUCUGAUGAAGGACGACAUAUGGAAUGAUCCAAGGCGCUUUGGUGUCCUCAAGAAUAGGACCGAAUGGAAUGAUCAUUUCUAUACUUCUGUUUAAUUGCAGAGACAGACUAAUUCAUUGGCAUUUGCAUUUUCAUAUCUGAGUGUCCUCAAGAAUAGAACCAAAGUGGGAAUGGAAUGAUCAUCUCUAUACUUCUGUUUAAUUGCAAA